AUGAAGCUUACUUUCAAGGAUCUGAAGCAGGAGAAGUUCGUCAUCGACGCCGAACCCUCUGAGACUAUUCGCCAAGUCAAGGAGAAGAUCGCUUUAGAAAAGAGUGGCUACGAUGCGGAACGCACAAAGGUCAUCUAUUCUGGAAAGAUUCUGCAAGAUGACAAGACAGUGGAGUUUUACAACAUCCAAGAAAAGGACUUCCUAGUCUGCUUGCCGUCCAAGCAACCCAAGGCCGCGUCCUCUGCCUCUGCGGCCCCUUCCACGCCGGCUCCCCGAGCUCCCGCUGCCACCCCUGCUGCCCCUCCUGCUCCUGCCCCGGCCGCUGCCUCAACUCCCGCUGUCCCUGUGACUCCAUCCCCUGCUGAGCGUGCCGCUCAAGCAGAGGACCGAGACGCUGCCUUCAAUGACCCUUCCGCGUUGGCGAUGGGUACCGCCGCUGAAAGUGCGGUGAGCCAGAUGGAGGCUAUGGGAUUCGCAAGAAGUGAUAUCGACCGUGCGAUGCGCGCUGCAUUCUUCAACCCAGACCGUGCGAUUGAAUACCUCUUGACUGGCAUUCCCGCAGAUGUGCAACAGGAACAACAACAGCGGCAGCAACAGCAGCAGCAGGACAGAUCCUCCCCUGACGCUCCUACCGCUACUCUUGGCACUGGCGGUGAAGAGGUAAACUUGUUCGAGGCCGCUGCCCAGGCUGGUGAUGGUGGUGCCCGUGGUGCCCGUACUGGCGGUGCUCACGUCCCUGGUGGCGAUGCCUUUGCCAACUUGGAGUUCCUCCGCAACAACCCCCACUUCCAGCAGCUGCGUCAGCUUGUCCAGCAGCAGCCUCACAUGCUUGAGCCCAUCCUGCAGCAGGUUGCGGCCGGCAACCCCCAGAUUGCCCAGAUCAUCGGACAGAACUCUGAGCAGUUCCUGCAGUUGUUGAGUGAGGACCUGGACGAAGAUGAGGCUCUGCCGCCAGGCACACAAGCCGUAUCCGUCACACCGGAGGAGCGGGAUGCCAUUGAGCGCCUGUGCCGUUUGGGCUUCCCUCGGGAUUCCGUCAUCCAGGCCUACUUCGCGUGCGACAAGAACGAGGAGCUUGCCGCCAACUUCCUCUUCGAUCAGCCCGAUGAUGAGGAGGAGUAA